AUGGGAUUACGCAUACUUGGCGCGCCGUUUUACGCAUAUGUGUGCGUCUAUUUAUUUGUGUUCAUCCUGCAAGCUACACAGUCUCAGAGAAAUCCAGGGACGAGAGUAGGAAAUAACCAAAGACCGGCUCGGCGGAACACGCUCCAGUGGUCCCACAACGGGCAGGUUUUCAGCAUUUUGAGCCAGGGAUCGGAGUAUCAGCCCCCGAGGCGGAGGGGCGCAACUCAGGAGCAAGUGCAGGAGAGAACUGUCACCAUCACCCGGGAUGGGGACGUGAGACACCCGGACACCCAGAGCCAGCCGGCGGCUCAGCAGCAGCAGCGGGAGCAGCACCUCCCCCCCCAGCCAGCAUCGAACCAGCAGAGCCUUGUGACUGCGCUGGUGAGAGGACGAGAGCACCGCCAGCAUCACCAGGACCGGACCGGUGAGCGCACGGGGACGCAGGGGAGCACCAGGGCCAACGAGACCCAGGAGAAGGUCACUGUGAGUCCACCUCUGCCCAGGAGAGAAGACAUGAUGGCCGCUGACGAUCCCUACGACCCAUACAAGUCCACUGACAGUGAUAAUCCAUAUUAUAAUCAUUAUGACGUGUACGAGAGACCGAGGCCCAGAUCGAGACCUGGAUAUGGCACAAGGUACAAUCAGUACGGUCUCCCUGAUCUCGUACCUGACCCGUACUAUAUCCAAGCCUCUGCCUAUGUCCAGAGAGUCCCCAUGUAUAACCUGAGAUGUGCAGCUGAGGAGAACUGUUUGUCAAGCUCGGCCUACAGAGGCGAUGUCAGAGACUACGACACCCGCAUGCUGCUGAGGUUCCCUCAGAGAGUCAAGAACCAGGGCACGGCCGACUUCCUCCCCAGCAGGCCUCGCUACUCCUGGGAGUGGCACAGCUGUCACCAGCACUACCACAGCAUGGAUGAGUUCAGCCACUAUGAACUGCUGGACGCCAGCACUCAUCACUCGGUGGCUGAGGGCCACAAGGCCAGCUUCUGCUUGGAGGACACGUCCUGCGACUACGGAUACUACAGGCGAUAUGCCUGCACCGCACAUACCCAGGGCCUGAGCCCAGGAUGUUAUGACACCUACAACGCAGACAUCGACUGUCAGUGGAUCGACAUCACAGAUGCGAAACCUGGGAACUACAUCCUCAAGGUCAGUGUAAAUCCCUCCUAUCACGUCCCAGAAUCAGAUUACAGCAACAACAUUGUGCGCUGUGAUGUCCGCUACACUGGCAACUACGCCUACGUGUCAGGUUGUCAGAUGUCAGGGUAUUAAAAAUCGCCAGUCAUUCACAGCACCUCAGCUGAGACAGAAAUGAAAAUGAAG